AUGCUGCAACUCACACCCCAGGACCCGGAAACGCUCCGGAAUGGACGUUUAGACUCUGCAUCUCGCGGAUUCCAGACACACGGAUCAAGCAGCAACGGUCCCACCAGCCCAUCAGUGACAUCAACAACUCUGUACACAAGGACGCGCGAUGGGUUCCUCACUUAUUGUAACCCGGCAGACAUACCCCUCAGUGCCGCGUUGCUGGCAUGGCGGCUCCUCGUGGCCCGCUCUGGUGAGGAAGACGGCAUAGAGGCCCUGAGAUUUGGUCGCUACGUCGAUGAUUGGACGUACCAUCGAUACUCUCAGACGACGCAGCCCGACGGGGACCAAGUCCAGACGUUCACGGCUCAAGUUGCCAAAUUUAUGGUUACACCCAGUGCAACCAUUGAGGAGGCCCACAGGGAAGCAGAACGUCUCAUUGCAGACACAAUUCACAGAUCAGAUGAAAGAGUCGGAGCCAACAGUACGGUAUACUUUACCGAUGCGGCGCAGUCGGAUAUUAAAAACGGUGUAGUUUCUCAAAUUCUUUAUAAUGUUUGUAUCAAACUCAAAUCGUCUCCUGGACAACUCGUCAUUUCAUUCGAAUGGACAAACUCGGAAAUCACACGCUUGUGGGCCGGAAGGGCACUGCAGACCUUUACAAGAUACCUGACAGCCAUACUCUCACAAGUCAUCAUGUCCAAACCAGGGACGCGUAUUGAUGGACAAUCUGAUUCGGCUCGUCUAGUCUGGGACCUCAUUGGUCCUUCCAAUGAAGAUCUCAAUCAGAUAUGGUUCUGGAAUGCCUCCAUGCCACCGACUGUUGAUCGAUGCAUACACGACCUCAUCUCAGAACGAAGCAUCAUCACCCCAGAUAAAGUUGCAGUACAAGCCUGGGAUGGCGACUUUACAUAUCAUGAGAUCGAGUCCCUAAGCAACACGAUAGCCCGCCAGCUUCGCACGCAGGCCGGUGUGCGCGUCGGGGAUAUUGUCAUGCUCGUCUUCGAAAAGUCCCGCUGGACAACCCCGGCACUGCUUGGAGUACUCAAGUCCGGAGCCGCGUUCGUCUUGACGGACCCCGCGCAGCCAGAGGCAAGACUCAAGACCAUUGCAUCCCAGACGCGUGCCAAGGCAGUUGUCUGCUCCAAGCUUCAGGCCGACUUGGCCUCCCGCAUUGCUCAAGACGCCAACGCCGAGGACAAGUCUGGCCAACAAAAGCCGGCCGUCGUUCUCGUCACGUCCGACGACACAACGCUAGAGCAUGCCGGCUGGGGGGUUGGUGCCUCGAUGGGCUUCCUCCCGGUAGUACCACCCAACAGCCCAAUGUACGUCAUCUUUACCUCGGGCAGCACAGGUGUUCCCAAGGGAGUCAUUUGCAGCCACGCCAACUUUGUGUCUGGUGCCAUCCCAAGAGCAGAGGCGGUUGGCUACUGCGAGACCAGUCGCGUCUUCGAGUUUGCCAGCUAUGCAUUUGACGUCAGCAUCGACUGCAUGCUGUGCACGUUGAUGCAGGGAGGCACCGUCUGCGUCCCGAGCGAGGCCGGUCGAGUCGACAACCUCGGCGCGGCCAUCAUGGCGAGCGGUGCCAACAUGGCCCACAUGACGCCCAGUGUCGCCCGUGUUCUAGAAGAUCCGGAAAAGGUCAUGCGCUCGCUCGACGUACUUGGCCUGGGAGGCGAGGCGGUCAGUGCUGGCGACGCGGCGGCCUGGAGUCGGUUGACCAAGGUCGUCAUCGCAUACGGGCCGUCUGAGUGCACAGUUGGCUGCACCAUCAACCACGAGGUGUCUGCCGAGAACACCACCAUCGGCAAGGGCAAGGGUGGCGUCACCUGGAUUGUCCAUCCUGAUGAUCACAACAGGCUCAUGCCGGUAGGGUCCGUCGGCGAGCUGCUGAUCGAGGGCCCAGUUGUCGGCCUCGGCUAUCUUGGCCAGCCGGAGAAGACUGCCGAGGUCUUUAUCAAGGAUCCCAUCUGGCUGCCCAAAGGCCACUUCGGGUCCAAAGGUCGCACUGGUGUGCUCUACAAAACCGGCGACCUCGUAAAGUAUGACGCCAACGGCUACAUUGUGUUCGUCGGGAGGAAGGACCAGCAGGUCAAGCUGCGCGGGCAGCGAAUCGAGCUGUCCGAGAUUGAAUACCACCUCCGCAAGAACCUCCCACCUUGCGUCAAGAUCGCCGCCGAAGUUGUCCGUCCGAACGGCGCGGAGCCGACGCUGGUCGUUUUCGUGGACGAGCAGCCGAUUGUUAACGGAAUCAAGACCAAGAAGAUCAAGAACGACAAGGUCGGCAUGGGAGAGAUCGUCAAGCUCAGCCCCGAGCUUGCCGUCAUCAUGGCCAACAUGGACAACCUGCUCGGCGAGGAGCUCCCGCGCUACAUGGUCCCCGCUGCGUACAUUCCGCUCCAGCAAAUGCCGGUGCUGGCUUCGGCAAAGAUUGACAGGAAAAAGCUCAAGGCGCUGGGCAACUCGAUGACGCGUGAGCAGAUUGCAAAGUUGAGACUGCUGUCGCCCAAGCCCUCGAGGCCGUUGAAUGAUCUGGAGCGGACUCUUCGGUCGCUUUGGGCGAGGAUACUCAACACAGAUGUCGAGAUUGGUCUGCAAGACAGCUUCUUUGGGAUUGGUGGAGAUUCUUUGAGAGCAAUGAAGCUCGUCUCUGCUGCAAGAGUCGAUGGCAUCGCUCUCACUGUGGCUCAAGUCUUCAACAACCACACGCUUAUGGAUAUGGCUGCCGUUGCUGUUGUCGACAGUAACCUGGAGAGCUCCAAGCCUCAAGAUAUUGCCCCGUUCUCUUUGAUCGAAAAGACGUGGACUACUGAAGAGGCAAGACAAGCCGCGAGUAAAUAUUGCGACAUUAAAGAGUCAGAGGUCGAGGAUGUUUACCCCUGCACUCCUUUACAGGAAGGUCUCAUGGCUCUCUCGGCCAAGUUCCCAGACUCAUACGUUGCUCAGCGUGUUCUGCAACUAGCAGAUAUGAUAGAAGCACAAAGACUUCAAGAUGCGUUUGAGACGGCUGCUAGGGAUUCUGCCAUCCUCAGAACACGAAUCAUCCAGGUUCCUGGUCACGGCCUCCAGCAGGUUGUUGUUCAGAAGCCGAUCGAGUGGCGGUCGGGCGUGACAGUCGAGGCAUAUUUAGAGGCAGACAGGGAAGAUUCCAUGGACCUGGGCAAGCCUCUUGUGCGCUACGGUCUGGUUCAAAGCGCGGACAAGGUCGACUUUGUAUUAACCAUGCACCACGCGCUGUAUGAUGGCUGGGCAAUGCCUCUUGUCAUUGACCGGGUCAACAGAGCUUAUGACGGGCUGUCGACCGAGAGGCCUGCCGAGUUUAAGCAUUUCAUCCGAUUCCUCACCGAGGUCGAUCAGAGUGCAUGUGAGGCUUAUUGGCGCCAGCAGUUGGAGGGAGCCACAGCGGUUCAGUUCCCAGCCCUGCCGCAUGAGGGUUACAUCACCCAAGCCGACUCUCUAUUGGAGAUAUCUAUCCCUGCGCCACCAAGAAGCAGCGCCUCGGCGACCACAACAGCAACAAUUGUCCGCGGUGCUUGGGCUCUCGUCGCAUCAAUGUACGCUGGCCACAACGACAUCGUCUUUGGCGAGACGCUGACUGGCCGCAACGCCCCUGUCGCCGGUGCCGAUCUUAUCGAGGGUCCCAUGAUAACAACCGUUCCGAUCCGCGUUGCCGUCGACAAGCAAACCCGCGUCGCCGACUUCCUCGCACUCAUUCAAGAUCAAACCGUCAGUCAAAUCCCUUUUGAACACACCGGCCUCCAGCAUAUCCGCCGCGUCAGCCCCGACGCCAUGGAGGCGUGCGAGUUGCGCACCGGCUUGGUCCUGCACCCCGCAGGCGCCGAGGAUGCCUUUGAUCCCAAGUACCCGGCCAGCAGGCUCGUGCCGGCAAACGACGCCGAGGCGGCCAAGGAGGCGCUCAAGUUCAAUACGUAUGCGCUCAUGCUGGUGUGCGCGUUGGCUGCUGAUGGUUACCACGUCAUGGCCAGUUUUGACUCCCACACGGUCGACAUGUCGACAAUGGAGCGGGUUUUGCAGACGCUCAAGGACGUCACGGCCCUGCUUUGCGAGGGCUUGGUCGACGAGAGCGUCAAGGUGGGGGAUGUUGUGCAGUCCGUUGUAGCGGUCAAGCCCACCGCAGAGACGCUUGCUGAGUUGGAUCAGCUCGGUCGGGAUGCUGUUGGGUCCGUUGAUGUCGGUGCCAAGGUGGACAGGAUCUGGUUGGUUGACCCUGAUACAAACCAGAUUCUUGUCCCGCGCGGCGCUGUGGGUGAAAUUGUCGUCGACAGCCCCGAUGCACUGAGCCUCCCUGCUAUCGACGUCCCAACUUGGCUUAGCCAAGUACCGCCAGUCGACGGGGAAGGAGUGGUCCAUUUACACGCUACUGGUCAACUUGCCAAGUUUAAUCAUGAGGGCAAACUGGUUCAUAUGGGCCGCAAGGGCGAGAGGGUACUCCUACCUCAGCCAACUAAAGAGAAGAGAUUGAGCAGGGUUCAGAACGGAUCUGAGCUGCUUUCGGCCAAAGAGAUUCGUCUGCGCGAUCUCUGGGCUCAGAUCUUGUAUCUUGAUGCUGCAGGAAUCGGUGCCGAUGACAGCUUCUUCAAGCUGGGUGGCGAUUCCAUCGGUGCCAUGAAGCUUGUCUCGGAAGCGCGGCCUGCCGGCUUCAAGAUUUCAGUUGCGCAAAUCUUCAAGACCAAGACGCUUGCUGCCAUGGCCAAGAUUGCCGAGGAUAUUAGCAUCGCCACGACCGAGGCGCAGGGAGAAGCAUCUAGCACACCUGGACGUGUCACUAGCCCCUUUUCCCUUCUCGAGGAAAUUGGUGACGUCGACGCAUUCGUUGACCAGCAGAUCAAGCCCAAGCUUGCCAAGCCCUGGAAGGUUUCCGACGCCUACCCGACCAGACCACUGCAGACUGUUGCUGUCACUGGCAGCACGCAGGUUCCCCGCUUCUCGAUGCGGUAUGAAGCCAUGUACUUUGACGAUCACCGUGGUCUCGACUUAGCACGCUUGCAGCAGGUCUGUCAAGAGUUGGUGGAACAGAACGAGAUCCUCCGUACUGUGUUCGCAACCGCGCAAAACAACGUUUGUUAUGGCGUCGUCCUCGAUGACAUGGUUGCCGAGUUUGACCACCACGAUGUGGCAGAAGGCACCGACAUCCAAAAGUUCACCCAUGAACUGUGCAAUCAGGACAUAGAAGGCAACAUCCCAGAGGGUGCCGCAUUUGUCAAGUGGUAUCUCAUCAGGUCGCAAUCGACCGGCGCCAAUGCACCCGGUGCCCUGGUGCUGCGCAUCUCGCACGCGCAGUACGAUGAGAUCUGCCUCCCGCUCAUCCUCCGCCAGCUGGAAGCCCUGUACACCGGCAAGACCCCCAUCACCAAGACGAUCCCCUUCUCGAGCUUCGUGCACCACACCCUCCGCACGGCGAACCCGACCAGCGUCAAGUACUGGAAGGACCUGCUCGCCGGCUCGGCACCACCGACGGUUCUGCGCCCGGAUCUCGGCCCCAUGACCCAGGUCCCCGCAUCAGGCCGCAUGCACUUUGCCGUCGACCGCACCAUCGACAUCUCGGCGGCGGCCACCAAUACUCCCGGCAUCACCGUCGCCACGAUCCCGACGGCCGCCUGGGCGCUCUGCCUGGCCCGCCGCCGCGGUCUGACGGACGUACUGUUUGGCGAGGUCGUCUCGGGCCGCGGCACGGGCUUCCCGUCCGCCGAGAAGGUCGUCGGCCCCUGCUGGCAGUACAUUCCGUUCCGGGCCGAGCUUGCGCCCGGCGUCACGACCGGCACGGACCUGCUCGAGGCGGUGCAGGAGCAGCACGCCGCGUCGUCGGCGCACGAGGGCAUGGCGCUGUCCGAGAUCGCCAAGCUCUGCUGCCCGGCCUGGGAGCAAACCGGGGAAAAGGUCGACUGGUUCGACACGGUGGUGCACCAGGACGUCGAGCACGUCGAGGACCUGGGGUUCAGCGGCCUCGGCGCGACCAUGGAGACCAUAUACCCCCACCAGGAGCCGCUCAGGGAGUGGAAGUGCCAGGCGUUUGUGGCCGACGGUGGCAGGAAGCUGACCAUGGAGAUUGUGACUUUUGAGGCGUGGAAGGAGCAGGCCGUAGAGGUGUUGGCUGAGGUUGCGGCUUGCGUGGAGGAGUUGGUUGGGCGACCUGGUGAGGUUUUGAAGCUGUGA